CGUAGGCACUGGACCAUGAACAUCAAUUUUUAUAGUUUGUAAAUUAAUUAAUGGAAUUUGAUCGUAAAUUAUCUUUCGAGUAAGCAGUCUAAUUGUAGCCUUGACACCUGUUAACCGGACAGUGAAGAUACAGUGAUUAUGAUGUUCCGAUUACGAAACUAAAUUUAAAACGUAUUACGAUUAUACAUUACGAUAGACGAAAUGUAUUGUUUACAAUGGCUGAUUCCUGUGCUUUUAAUACCGAAGCCCGUCAAUCCGGCUCUUGUGAACACACACGUAAUGUUUAUGGUGCUAUAUUUAAUCGGUUUCUUCCUCGAACGAAAGCCAUGCACCGUGUGCAGUGUAGUCUUCCUUGCCGCCGUUAUACUCAUAUGCUAUAGCGGAAUAGGUAAUUGUUUAUUCUGGGCCACGCAAUGCGAAGGGGAAAAGUAUGAUACGUAAUAGACAAAACACAAGAGUUGCCUUUACAAGUGCUCAAAAUGCAACGAAACAGUGCUGCUGCCGAAGAAGACUAUUUCUUCUUUUUUGACUCCGCCAUGAGUCGCCUCUCCAAGAAGACAAGGUGGAAACGAUGUAUAUUAUGCUGUAAAUAGAAUCUUUACAUGACGGUGAUUAGACAUGUGUCAAUAUUAUGUACUGUACUUAGUAAAUUAAUUUUAAAUGUGAUGGUAAUUUUAAUACAGUAAUAAUUAUUAUAGAUAA